AGGUUGUGAUAGCCAAUCCCCAUUAUUGGCUCGAUGUAGGUACGCAUGCACCAUCAUUUCCUGAGCUAUGUAGUUGUUGCCAACAUUUAUGUUCAAACAUGGGAGACGGUGAGGGAGCUUGAUUUGAUAAUACAUGAUGAUGCAGCUUAUCGUUGUUCAUCUUCAACAUCAUAUCCGCUUCACUAAUACUACGUAGUUGUGAACAAGAUAGACGACUUAACAUGGACGCAGUAUCGAUCAACGCUCUUGCCCGCAAAGCAAAGUCCUUUGUGCUCGCGAAUGAGGUAUUUUCCAGACUGGAUGACUGCUUAAAGCAGAGGACUGCUGAGCCCUGGAAAGGGCUCGUUGUCUACGUCGCAGGUCGAAAGCUUUCAGAUGUCCUCCAGCAGAUGAGACGAAGAAAAGACGAACUCAACAAUGCUGACGAUGGAUCAGGGUCCCGAGGAGAAGGAAGCGGCUCAGCAUCUUCUUCUACAACGACAGCAACAGUGCUGGGUCAGAACGACGAUCAUUUUGGGCUUUUAGACGAGUUGGGACUGGACUUGGAGACGCUACAGAGAUGGUUGGACCACAUUCCUGCCGAAAAGGAGCAGCUUUUCGUAGAUGAAGCUGACGCGGAGAGAUGGCUUGUAGAGCAUCUCUGCGACUACGGACGGCAAGAAGUCUUCAACAAUCGCAUCUAUUUUCUGCCGCGUAUGCGUCAAUUCGCCUUGUCAUCCUCACUCCUGGGCUCGUCGUCAAUGUCAACAAGUGGAGCUGCAUCAUCUGGAGGUGGCUCCUCGUCCUCCAGUAAUGCGGGAGCGGGGCUGCAGCUUGUGGACGCAAGUAGGGACGAGCAGGAACGAGACGGCUUGUUGGCUUUCGUAGGGAGCGAGCGGGCUGUUCGGGGAGAGGCCUUGUUGAAUGCUUUCCCAGGGUCCCUGUUUCAGAUCUUGAAUUUGGUGCGGGCAGGAGAGGUGCGGCUGGUCCAAGAGGGAACGCAGACGGCGGGCCUGCGUGCUGCGGCGCAAGUGAACCAAGAGCUUUUGACGUUAGAGCAGCAGUGUGGUGCGCAGUCUUCUUUCGGGCAGACCGAAUGCAUACAAGGCCGACUGAUCCAACAGGGCUUAUCAUCGGGAACUAUGAGUCUUCGUGAAAUGGCAGGCGACGUGGAUCCGAGUUUACUGCGGGCCCCGCUGGCCGAUCCGCUCAAAUUCGUCUCCCAAGUGGUUGAUACACAGCCACCGACAAUCACCACGACCGAGCUGAUGAAGAGACGGCGCGCCCGCUGUUGCGUUGGCAGCGAUCACAAGUACCCAACCCUCGAUGUUCUGCUCGAAUCUACCAACCCCCGAGCCCGACCCCCAGCACCCACUACUCCAUCAAAUGGAAACAGUAGCAGUAGUACGAGCAGGAGCAUUAGUGGUGUCUACGAGGUGCAACCUCACAACGUGUGGAGCAGCCUUGGCCGACCACUUUACUACUGUGCAAGAAACGGGCUCUACUUGUUUUAUGCGGAAAUAACGAAGAAAAAUAGCUCUAACGUGUGGCGCGGGUGGUGCAUAGCCAAUCGGCCAGCGAUUGCCGCUCCAGCUCAGCAAAACAAAGACUCACCACAAGCUGCCUUCGUAAUGCACAUGAGGUCUCAGAAUCUAGGAGGCGCUGUGUCCACAGCUAGCUCUGCCGCCGCAGCCGAAGCAGGAAUGCCUUGGGCCUUAGAUAGCUGGAUUCCGGUGUCUCCGCUCGCGAAAACUGAGUUCCUACGGGAAGACGAAGCGGCAAAUGCAGCACCCGGUGCUGUGGGCGGAGUCAAGGUACCCAGGUUUCCUUGUAAAUAUAGUAUCAGCAUACGUAAGUACGUUUUUCCAUACAAAAAUUGUAGAACAAUGAAUACAUAGGAUUAUAAACUGAACAGAGUUAAUACAUAUUUUUAAGGGGACGAUCAUCAUCAUCAUCAUCAUCAUCAUCAUGCUCAACAUGAUAUAUUUAGGUUGCAUGACUUUCUAUCACUUCUCUCACUCGUUGAUUCUUGGAGAAGAUGGCGCUCUUCAAAUGACUGAAUAUCAAGGUACGCGAAGUCCAUGCCUACCAGUGGGUGUUUUACCCGUCAGCAUCCGGCGGAUCGAUGCCAAGCGCAGAGGCCUUGAGCGCGCUAGCUGAGCGCAUUCGGCAUGCACGCACACAGAACCCUGAAGAUUUGGAGAUUGUGCGCAGUUAUUUCCGCUCGGGACCCAACGAAACGGACGUGCGUAGCUUUUCGCAGCUCAUUGGACCAGUAACGGAGGUUCGAAAUCUUGCUGGAGCAGCUCUGGGAGGUGUUCCUGGAGGCCUGAGGGGGGCCCCAAAGAGAGCAGGUCGCAAGGCAGCAGAAGGUAGAGCAGAGGGCGGAGAAGCUAGCGAUGAGAGAGUCAUCAAGCACAAUACGCACAUGUUUCAAGGAUCGGCUUCGUCUGGUGCGAGUCAACAGGACCAACCUGAGCCCUCGCAGUCAAACGCAAGUGGAGCGCCGUCUAGUAAGGGGGCUGGAAAGAGACCGAAAGCGAAAGCGAAAUCUAAAGGCGCGAAGGCCAAAGCAGCAUCCGCAAAUGCUGUGGGAGCAAAGCGUCAGAAACGAAACUGAGCAUGAGGAUUUUUUGCGCCUCUACGUUGCUGUCAGACUGAAACUUCCCUCCUCGACGUAGAAGUUGAGUGAAAAUAUCUAACGAAAAACAUCAAAAUAAUGCG